AUGUUGGUCAAGGGCAACUUUAAAACAAUCACUGAAUUACCAAAAUACAUUGAUAUAGAUGAAUGGCUUGCGUUCAACACGUUUGAAUUCUUCAAUCAUAUCAACAUGUUUUACGGCUCAAUUACUGAUUUUUGUACGCCACAGAUGUGCCCCUCCAUGUCUGCUGGGCCAGGGGUUGAAUAUACCUGGGUUGAUGCGUCCUCCAAAAAGAUCAAGCUUUCAGCACCGCAAUACAUUGAUUACAUGGCAUCCAGCAUACAAAAUAUGAUGGGAGACGAGACACUAUUCCCCACAAAAGCAGGCCGAGAUUUUCCACGAGAAUUUCCUCAACUCGUUCGACGCAUUUUCGGGCAGUUGUUUCGAUUAUUCGCUCAUAUAUACCACCACCAUUACGACAAGAUCCUGUCUUUACAUGAGGAACCUCAUUUGAACUCGCUGUUUGCACAUUUUAUAUCGUUCGCCAAAGAGUUUGAUCUAUUAGAGAAGAAGGAAAUUCAGCCAUUGCAAGAAUUGAUUGAUGUGAUGAUGAAAGAUGGCAUUAUUUCGUAG